AAGCUUUCCAGUUGAUUUCGUAAGCCGAUGAGAGAUUUUUCGAUUCCAUAGUGUAUUUCGAGAAAUAAAAAGCAAAAGGAAAACAUGAAAAACCUGACCAUCAUUUUUUGCUUUUUGUUGGCAUACACCAUCACAACAAUAAACGCUCGUCCUAGCGUUGAGCUUGCAACACGUCUAUCAAAUCUUUAUAUGGAUCCAGCGAAUGAUGAAAGCAUUAAUGAAAUAAAUCGCUUUGAUAUCGAUGAGGUAUACUAUUCAAAACGAAAAGAGGUAAUGAAGGAGCCAGACUUGGUCUUAAGCACUAAAGAAGUGUCGACCAAAAGACCGGAAGAAGUUGAAGAUACCACGAGCAGCGCAGAGACUGAGGAACGUCUAAUGCGUUUUAUGUUCGGUUUAAUGGGUAAUGUGAUGAGACGUUUUAUACCUUUGUAGGUAAGGCAUGAAAUUGGGUGCAUACUUAUCUAUGUAAAUACAUAUGUAUGUAAUUA